AUGUUUAAUUUAAUUUUAUGGCCAUUAUUUUUGCUUACCUCAGUUGCCAUUCCUUUGCAGCUGACACUGGAAGUAGUUUAUCUGACGUCUUCGGUCGAUUUCUCAAAGGCAAGCGCUGCUAAAACUGCUACUUCUUUGGGUCAGUCCCCAGUUGUCAUUACCAUUUAUAAAUCACUGCUAAAAUAUUGGAGUCUUUACGAGUUCAUACAUUUUAUUUAUCUCUAUACUCCUAUCGAUGCCUUUCUGAAUUUCUUACCAUUUACCUCUUUACUUAUGUCGUUUGGAAGUAUUUGCUUGACAAGAGAGCUGAUAUAUGACUUCAUUGCCUUUAUGGAAUCUCAGAGCAAGCUUACUGGAUUUCUUAAUAAGAUAACGGAACCGAACUUUAACAGUUAUCUACUGUUUUCUUCAAUUUAUAACAUUUGGUUUGCAGAUGACACCAACGACAAAUUCUUAUUCGGUAAACUAACUCAGAUUUUAAUAUCUGUAACAAAGAGAUACGAAUUUCCAAGAACAUACUACUUAUCGCAAGUUUCUGAUUUCUUACAAAAUCUAAUUUUGACGAGAUUGAGACCCUUUGUAACGGAUCAGCCCCAAGACUACAGAAACAAAUAUCAAAACAGUGAUCGCGAAUCUACAAAGAAUGGGACUGCUCACCAGAACUCUUCACAACAGUCGUCGUCUUUUGAGCAGAAUUUUACCAGCACAGAGUUUCCCAAUGAUUAUGAUUUUAUGGAGGACAUUCUUGAAGAAACAGCUGAACUGGAUUAG